AUGACAGCUGUCUAUCAAAGAAGAAACUUUAAAGAGAUCUACAAGAGCUUUGACGAGGCUGUGCAAAGUCACGAAAAGGACUUGCUCAACUUGGCUCCUGAGUAUCGCUUUCCCCCAGGUUGCGAAACUCUAAUCAGUAUUCUGGUCAUCGGUGGCAAAGUAUUCUCCAAAGGAUGCAUCCGCAAAUUUGAUACUCAACAACCAGGAGGCGUCUUGAGCAAGUGUGCUUACAGGUUGCCAGACAAUUUGACGGACGAGAAAAUGGUUCUCGCUUCCAGUGACCUUACCACUGUUGAAGAGACGACUCCCGACACGGUUAAAACUGACAUGGAGCGAAUCAAGCCAAUGGGUUCCAUUCACGUCCUGCUUUUCCAGGCUCAACUGGAACUUGUCGAGCGUGGAAGAACUGGUUCACAAAACGAAGAGGAUACAUGGCUUCUGCCUCGCGCCGCAUUCUCUCGGCCUGUUGCUACUUUCGAUAGUAUCCUGCUUUGCCACGGACUUGGAGGAUAUGUCGGUGCAUAUCAUCUGGAAUAUGAUGGAGUCCGUGUAGCGUAG